AUGUCGGACCAACCUACAGCAUCAUCCUCCUCAUCAGCGGGUCGUCCAUCACUUGACGGCCCAUCCUCCACCACCGCUUCCUCCUCUCAACCCACACCAAACGGCAAAUCUCACGAUGCCGCCUCAUCCUCCGACGAAGAAGAAGGGAGUUGGCCUCCCAUCACCGACAUGUCUCUCGCCGAAAUCAGCACCGAGCUGACCCGCGUCCGCGAAGAACGCGAUACAUACGAAUCCCAGUACCGAUCCCUCCUCUCCAAACUCACCACCAUGCGUGCUACCCUCGGCGACAGACUACGUCAAGACGCAGAAGAACUAGAUCGGCGAGAAACUCAAAUUGAAACCCUAGGUUCCAAAGUCGACGAACUUACCACCCUUACUACCACCCUCCAAUCCGAGUUGGUGACUGCACAUGAAGAAUCAGGACGACUCGACCAGGAAGUCACCAAAUUGAGGGCGGAGGUAGGGGAAGGAAAGGGGAGAGGUGGAGAAGGAAGGGAGAGAGAAUUGAGUGAGUUGUUGGAAAGGGUGAAAUUAGAUGCUCAUGGUUGGCAGUCUGCUUGUUUGGAAGAGAGAGCGAAGAGGGAGGAUGCAGAGGCGAGAUUAAGUGAAGCCCAACAGGGUGAGGAACUGGCGAGGCAGGGAGAACAACAUUGGAAGGUUUUGGCGGAGAGAGAGAGUGCUUCUGCUGCAGAACUCAGUGCUGUGUUGGGGGAGUUUCAGUCUAGUCAAGAGUCUGAACUGCAACGUGCGUUAGGAGAUUACAGGUCUCAGCUUGAUUCUCUCUCUAGCUCACUCGCGCAGUACAAGAGCAGAGCAGAGGCGGCAGAGUCCAAGUUAAAGGAAACGGAAGACCUAGCCUCACAAUCCGAGAAACUCGCUGGACAGGUAAAAGAGAAGAAUCUGCUGAUAGGAAAACUUCGACACGAGGCAGUCAUUCUCAACGAACACCUCACGGAAGCUUUGCGGAGGUUACGAAACGAUCAAAGCGAUAGCAACGUAGACAAACGGCUAGUCACCAAUCUUUUGAUUCAAUUCAUCACAACACCAAGAGCAGACGGGAAGAGGUACGAGAUGCUGAACCUGAUAGCGGGGGUGCUCGGGUGGAAAGAAGAAGAGAGGGAAUUGGCCGGGUUGCAGAGGUCUAGUGGUGGUCAGAGGAGUGCCAGACCGUCCAUUUCGGCAAGAAGCGUGUCGGGGAUAGGAGGAGCAAGGGAGAUGAGGGAGAGGGAAGGGAAUGUAGGGGGUGACGAAAGCUUUUCGAAUCUCUUUGUUGAGUUUUUGCUAAGUGAGGCUGAGAGAGGGAAGGAGGGGAAAGGCGGGGACGGAGGAGAGGGAGGAGGAGCGACUGCGCCUAGUACUCCAAGCAAAUUGUUGAGUCCGACAAAGUCUCAUUUUGGCGGUGCUAGUGGGCCAAAUUCGCCUUCGAAGAGUGAAGCUGGAGCGAAUGGCGAUGCGGAUGGUGCGAACAAGAGUGGUGGUGGUGGAUUGGGGUCUUACUUUGGGUUGUCACGAGGGAAGAAGUGA